UCACCACCUCACCAACUAUCACUACUAAUGGACAGUCCACCUCCUCACCAACUACCACUACUAAUGGACAGUCCACCACCUCACCAACUACCACUACUAAUGGACAGUCCACCACCUCACCACCUACCACCACUAAUGGACAGUCCACCACCUCACCAACUACCACCACUAAUGGACAGUCCACCACCUCACCAACUACCACUACUAAUGGACAGUCACACUCACCAACUACCACUACUAAUGGACAGUCCACCACACCAACCGAAUCCCUCAACUUCCAGUGGACAACUGACCUCAUCAGGUUCCACCUCCCCAAACAGUCAGCCAACUUCCUCCCCCAGUAGUACAACUUCUCCACUCCAUCCUAAUUACCUGCACUACUUCAACGAGUCCAAGAGCUGGAUCAAUGCCAUGGAGUUCUGCAGAAGUCGUGGCUCCAAGUCCAACCUGGUGCACAUCACCAACCAGACCGUGCAKGCUGACGUGACCCAGCUCCUGGCCAACGUGGAGCUGCAAUGUGGGGAAAUGUGGAUUGGUCUGGAGAGGUCCAUCUUUGAGUGGAGCGCUCCCUGGCUGUGGACCAGUAGUGAUGUUGAUAAGGUGGUGAAGUACAGCGAGUGGCAUAGCUGCUUCCCCCUCAACCCCAUCAAUUACCACUGUGGUAAGAUGGUCUGGGUUGGUAAUGGAGAACUGAAGUGGCUGGAUGCCUCCUGUCAUCAGGAAUUACCCUUCAUAUGUCAAGAUCUCCACUAGAGGGCUCUCCAUGGCAGCCUGGACAGUCYGCAGACAGACACCACACUCAGGGUCUGGAAAGGGCCUGCAUUUCAAUUCAUUAUAUUAUUAAACCACUAUUAUUAUAAUUAUUAUUACUACUU